AUGGAUAAUAUUAAUAAAUACCUGAAGGAGGAAGAUUACUACAUAAAAUUGAAAAUUUUGAAGAAGCAAAUUGAUGUUCUAAACAUUCAAGAGGAGUACAUCAAAGAGGAGCAUAAGAAUUUGAAGAGGGAGUUAAUAAGAUCGAAGAACGAAAUAAAAAGAAUUCAAAGUGUACCAUUAAUUAUUGGUCAGUUUUUAGAUAUUAUAGAUAAUAAUUAUGGAAUAGUUAGUAGUACAGCAGGUUCAAAUUAUUAUGUUAGGAUAUUGUCAACAUUAAAUAAGGAGGACUUAAAACCGUCUGUGAGUGUAGCAUUACAUAGACAUAGUCAUUCUAUAGUAAAUAUUUUACCAUCUGAGUCAGAUAGUAGUAUACAGUUAUUACAGGUAAGUGAAAGACCAAAUGUUAAAUAUACGGACUUAGGAGGUUUAGAUACACAAAAACAAGAAAUGAGAGAAGCAGUAGAAUUACCUUUAAAAAGUCCAGAAUUAUAUGAAAAGAUAGGCAUUGAACCACCUAUGGGUAUUUUAAUAUAUGGUCCACCAGGUACCGGUAAAACUAUGCUUGUUAAAGCUGUAGCUAAUGAAACACAAGUUACUUUUAUAGGUGUUGUAGGUUCUGAAUUUGUUCAGAAAUAUUUAGGAGAAGGGCCCAGAAUGGUACGAGAUGUAUUUAGAUUAGCUAGAGAAAAUUCACCUUCAAUUAUUUUUAUAGAUGAAGUAGAUGCAAUUGCUACAAAAAGAUUUGAUGCACAAACUGGUGCUGAUAGAGAAGUACAAAGAAUAUUAUUAGAGUUAUUAAAUCAAAUGGAUGGGUUUGAUAAAUCAACGAAUGUUAAAGUUAUUAUGGCUACUAACAGAGCUGAUACGUUAGACCCAGCUCUAUUAAGACCAGGGAGAUUAGAUAGAAAAAUUGAAUUUCCCUUACCAGAUAGAAAACAAAAAAGAUUAAUAUUUCAAACUGUAAUUAGUAAAAUGAAUGUUAGUAGUGAUGUUAAUAUUGAAAAUUUUGUUGUAAGAAGUGAUAAAAUUAGUGCAGCUGAUAUUGCUGCUAUAGCUCAAGAGGCAGGGAUGCAAGCCAUAAGAAAAAACCGUUACAUUAUUACUGCUAACGAUUUUGAACAGGGAUACAAGACCCAUGUGAGGAAGCAGUUGAGAGAUUAUGAAUUUUACAAUAUAUAG